CACACUUCAUAUUGUGGUCGCACACUCUCUCCUCGUCUCAUCUCCUGAUCAUCAUCUUCAACUCCACAUGGCUUCCGUCGCCGCAAGUCCCGCCUUCUCCCUCCUCAAAUCCACCGGAGCCACUGCUUCCUCCGCCGCAACUCGCGCGCGCGCCUCACUUCUACCCAUCCCCUCCUCCAAAUCCAUCUCCGCGCGUCCUCUCGGCUUCUCCGCCGUCCUCGACUCGCGCCGUUUCUCCCUCCACGUCUCCUCGAAAGUUCAGUCGGUGCGCGGGAGAGGGAGCAGAGGAGUCGUUUCCAUGGCGAAGAAGAGCGUCGGUGACUUGACCUCUGCCGAUUUGAAAGGGAAGAAGGUUUUCGUGAGAGCUGAUCUCAAUGUGCCUCUCGAUGAUAAUCAGACGAUCACUGACGAUACGAGGAUUCGCGCCGCCGUUCCGACGAUCAAGUAUUUGAUUGAGAAUGGUGCUAAAGUCAUCCUCUCUACUCAUCUGGGAAGGCCAAAGGGAGUCACACCAAAGUUCAGUUUGGCUCCUCUUGUCCCUAGGCUGUCUGAACUUCUUGGUAUUGAGGUCAAGAAAGCUGACGACUGUAUCGGUCCGGAAGUGGAAAGCUUGGUGGCUUCUCUCCCUGAAGGUGGAGUUCUGCUCCUUGAGAACGUCAGGUUCUACAAGGAGGAAGAGAAGAACGACCCUGAGUUCGCCAAGAAGCUCGCUUCACUAGCUGACCUCUACGUCAACGAUGCUUUUGGAACUGCUCACAGAGCUCACGCUUCCACCGAGGGAGUCACAAAGUUCUUGAAACCCUCAGUUGCUGGUUUCCUUCUGCAAAAGGAGCUUGAUUACCUUGUGGGCGCUGUUUCAAGCCCAAAGAGACCGUUUGCAGCCAUCGUGGGUGGUUCCAAGGUGUCGUCCAAGAUUGGAGUUAUUGAGUCUCUUCUCGAGAAGUGUGAUAUCCUUCUUCUUGGUGGUGGAAUGAUCUUUACGUUCUACAAGGCGCAAGGUCUUUCCGUUGGCUCGUCACUUGUUGAAGAAGACAAGCUUGAGUUGGCUACGUCUCUCCUUGCUAAAGCUAAGGCUAAAGGAGUCUCUCUUUUGUUGCCGACUGAUGUUGUGGUUGCUGAUAAGUUCGCUCCUGAUGCCAACAGCAAGGUUGUGCCUGCAUCAGGCAUUGAGGACGGUUGGAUGGGACUAGACAUCGGUCCAGACUCGAUUAAAACAUUCAACGAGGCUCUGGACACAACGCAGACAGUUAUUUGGAAUGGACCUAUGGGAGUUUUCGAGAUGGAGAAGUUUGCUGCUGGAACAGAGGCGGUUGCGAAUAAACUAGCAGAGCUAAGUGAGAAAGGAGUGACAACUAUAAUAGGAGGAGGAGACUCAGUGGCUGCAGUGGAGAAAGUUGGAGUUGCAGGAGUCAUGAGUCACAUCUCCACUGGUGGUGGAGCCAGCUUGGAGCUCUUGGAAGGAAAGGUACUUCCCGGUGUGAUCGCUCUUGAUGAAGCCAUCACAGUCACCGUUUAGAAACUCACCCCUUUUGAUGAGGCCAAUUGAUGUAUUACUCAUGAGUUUCUUUUGCUGUAAAUCAUCAUCAUCUACCUUAUUCAAGACAAUGACCCUUUAUAAUAAGUUACUUGUUGGUCUUA